AUGGGGAACCGGGCGGCGGUGAGAGCCGGGCGCAGCCCUCCCCGUCUCCGAGUCCGGGCCGCGGCCGCCGCCCCCGCCCGGGCCGCGCUCCCCUUCUCCCGCCCUCGCCCUCCCCGCCCCAACUCCUCCUCCUCCUCCUCCUCCUCCUCCUCCUCCUCCUUCCCCAUGCCUCUGUUCCUCCUGCUCUUACUUAUCCUGCUCCUGUUGCUCGAGGACACCGGAGCCCAGCAAGGUGAUGGAUGUGGACAUACUGUACUAGGCCCUGAAAGUGGGACCCUCAUGUCCAUAAACUACCCACAGACCUAUCCCAACAGCACCGUUUGUGAAUGGGAGAUCCGUGUAAAGAUGGGAGAGAGAGUGCGCAUCAAAUUUGGUGACUUUGACAUUGAAGAUUCUGAUUCUUGUCAUUUUAAUUACUUGAGAAUUUAUAAUGGCAUUGGAGUUAGCAGAACUGAAAUAGGCAAAUACUGUGGUCUCGGGUUGCAGAUGAACCAUUCAAUUGAGUCAAAAAGCAAUGAAAUUACAGUGCUGUUCAUGAGUGGAAUCCAUGUUUCUGGACGAGGAUUUUUGGCCUCAUAUUCAGUUAUAGAUAAACAAGAUCUAAUUACUUGUUUAGACACUGCAUCCAGUUUUUUGGAACCUGAGUUCAGUAAGUACUGCCCAGCUGGUUGUUUGCUUCCUUUUGCUGAGAUCUCUGGAACAAUCCCUCAUGGAUACAGAGAUUCCUCACCAUUGUGCAUGGCUGGUGUGCACGCAGGAGUAGUGUCAAACAUUUUGGGUGGCCAAAUCAGUGUUGUAAUUAGUAAAGGUAUCCCGUAUUAUGAGAGUUCGUUGGCUAACAACGUCACAUCUGUGGUGGGACACUUAUCUACAAGUCUUUUUACAUUUAAGACAAGUGGCUGUUACGGCACACUGGGGAUGGAAUCCGGGGUGAUUGCCGAUGCGCAGAUAACAGCAUCGUCUGUGCUGGAGUGGACUGACCACACAGGGCGGGAGAACAGCUGGAAACCCGAGAAAGCCAGGCUGAAGCAACCCGGACCUCCUUGGGCUGCUUUUGCCGCUGAUGAGUAUCAGUGGUUACAAAUAGAUCUGAAUAAAGAAAAGAAGAUAACAGGCAUCGUAACCACUGGCUCUACCAUGGUGGAACACAAUUACUAUGUGUCAGCCUACAGAAUUCUAUACAGCGAUGAUGGACAGAGAUGGACGGUGUACAGAGAGCCUGGCGUGGAGCAGGAUAAGAUAUUUCAAGGAAACAAAGAUUAUCACCAGGAUGUGCGUAAUAACUUUUUGCCACCAAUUAUUGCACGUUUUAUUAGAGUGAAUCCUACCCAAUGGCAGCAGAAAAUUGCCAUGAAAAUGGAACUUCUUGGAUGUCAGUUUAUUCCUAAAGGUCGUCCUCCAAAACUUACUCAAACUCCACCUCCUCGAAACAGCAAUGACCUCAGAAACACCACAACCCCUCCAAAAAUAGCCAAAGGUCGAGCCCCCAAAUUUACUCAGCCACUACAGCCUCGUAGUAGCAAUGAGUUUCCUGCACAGACGAAGCAAACAACUGCCACUCCUGAUAUCCGAAACACCACCAUGACUCCGAACGUAACCAAAGAUGUCGCCUUGGCUGCGGUCCUGGUGCCGGUGCUCGUCAUGGUGCUCAGCACCCUUAUCCUCACGGUGGUGUGUGCCUGGCAUUGGAGGAGCAGAAAGAAAAAAACGGAAGGCACCUAUGACUUACCUUACUGGGAUCGGGCAGGUUGGUGGAAAGGAAUGAAGCAGUUUCUCCCUGCCAAAUCAGUGGAACAUGAAGAAACCCCAGUUCGCUACAGCAGCAGCGAAGUUAAUCACUUGAGUCCAAGAGAAGUCACCACAGUGCUGCAGACGGACUCUGCAGAGUAUGCACAGCCACUGGUGGGAGGAAUUGUUGGCACCCUUCAUCAGAGAUCUACCUUUAAACCAGAAGAAGGAAAAGAAGCGAGUUAUGCUGACUUAGAUCCUUACAACUCCCCGGUGCAAGAAGUUUACCACGCCUACGCUGAACCACUGCCAAUUACUGGGCCCGAAUAUGCAACCCCCAUCAUCAUGGAUAUGUCUGGACACCCCACGGCUUCAGUUGGGCUGACCUCAACGUCUACUUUCAAAGCUGCAGGGAACCAAGCUCCCCCAGUAGUAGGAGCAUAUAACACUCUCCUCUCCAGGACUGACAGCUGCUCCUCCGCCCGCGCCCAGUAUGACACCCCAAAAGGUGGGAAGCCAGGUCCAAGUGCCCCAGACGAACUGGUGUACCAGGUGCCACAGAGCACCCAGGAGGGAUCAGGAGCCGGGAGGGAUGGUGAAUGUGAUGUUUUUAAAGAAAUUCUUUGA